ACUCUCGGCGUCAGGAAAUGAAUGCAGCGAGGUCCCUGUGGGUACCCUGGGGCAUCGUGGCGAAGCUGCUCAGCUGGUCCAACCGGGAGGGCGGGCAGAACCCCGGGCUUAGCGCUCUUUAAAGUCCCCAGCCAGUCCCCACCGGGCACCUGGCCGCGCGCUCGGCUCUCCCGCCGCGGGGAUGGUGCCUUGAGCGGCUGACCACCCUCCACUCCCCGGAGAACAUUCUCUGCCGCCCAUCACCGCAUGCCAGCCCAGCCGGAAAACCGAGGGCUCAGCACACUCAGUCCUCACCACGCCUCUUCUGCACAGCAUCACAGUCCUCCAGGCUUCCAGAACCUCUGAGGCAAAAGGCCCCCAGUCCUACCUCAUGUUUGGGGCAUCUUGCUAGCUAUGGCCCCAGUCCUCGGCUUCUUCCUGCUGCUGGGGCUGUGUGGGGACACCGUUUCAGAGGGGUCGCCACCAUCCACCAACAGUUUUGAUUGUUUGGAAUUUGAAUUUCCUCCAACAAACUAUGAGACCGAAGAUUCUUAUGAAGCUGGACCCACUGGCAUCCUCUUUCAGAUGGUGCACAUCUUUCUCCACACCGUGCAGCCCCAUGCUUUCCCUGAAGAUAUUAUAAGAAAAAUUCUACAGAAGAAAUUUGACUUCUCAAAGGACUAUGAUAAGAUUAUCUACUAUGAGAUCGGAAUUAUUACCUGUGCUGCCCUGGGAUUGCUGUUCAUUAUCUUGAUGCCCCUGGUGGGGUUUUUCUUUAGCGUGUGUCGUUGCUGUAACAAGUGUGGUGGAGAAAUGCACCAGCGACAGAAGAAAAAUGGCACCUACCUUAGGAAAUACUUUGCAGUCUCCCUCUUGGUGAUUUGUAUAUUUAUAAGCAUUGGCAUCACCUAUGGUUUUGUGGCAAGCCACCACAUGAGGAUUCACCUCAGAAAGACUCAGAAAUUGGCAGAAAGCAAUUUCAACGACUUGAGAACGCUCCUGAACACCACUCCAGGGCAAAUCGACUAUGUACUGGACCAGUACACCAUCACUAAGGCAAAGGCAUUCUCAGAUCUGGACAAUGUUAAAUUAUUGCUGGGAGGCAGCAUUUACGAAAAGCUGAGACCCAGGGUGGUCCCCGCGCUGGAUAAUGUCAAGGCCAUGGCAGAAGCCAUCAGAGAGACCGAAGAAGCCCUGGUGAUGGUGAACAGUGUCUUAAUGGACAUGAAACAGUCAUCCGCACAGCUGAGUGCCAACCUGAGUGACGUUCAGAAGGACCUGGCGCUAUCCCUCAAGGACCCCGCGUGCCAGGUGCCUUCGGCAGCCACCACUUGCGACCACAUCAACAGCUCUCUAAGCUACCUGGAUGUCAGCGUGGACUUCAGUCAGCUCCCACCUUUGGAUAAGCAAAUUGCUAAUAUGAGUGAUGUUCUUCAAACAAAUUUGUCCGGCUUGAUCCAAGAGGGCUAUACAUCUUUUAAUGAUAUACCUGAGACAGUGGAAAGUAAAACCACGAACGUCAUAUCAGAUAUCAAGAGGACUUUGAAUUCCAUUGGCUCAGAGAUCACUAAUAUAAGCAAAAAGAUUCCUGUUCAGGAUAAGCUGUCAAAUUUCAUUCACUACAUUAAUAACACUGAAGAUUACAUCCACCGCUAUUUACCCACUUUGGAAGAAUAUGAUUCGUACAGGUGGCUGGGUUGCUUGGUUGUCUGCUGUUUGCUGACCCUCAUAGUGAUUUUUUUUUGCCUGGGCUUACUGUGUGGCACGUUGGGCUAUGACCGGAAAGCUACCCCAACCAGACGAGGCUGUGUCUCGAACACCGGAGGCAUCUUCCUCAUGGUCGGGGUUGGAUUCAGUUUCUUAUUCUGUUGGCUACUGAUGACCAUUGUGGUUCUUACUUUUGUGGUUGGUGGAAAUGUGGAAAAACUCGUCUGUGAAUCUUACCAAAACAAAAAGUUAUUCCAGGUUUUGGACACACCGUAUUUGCUGAAUGAGAAUUGGAAAUACUACCUCUCUGGCAUGAUGUUUGACAAACCAGACGUUAAUCUCACUUUUGAACAAGUUUACAGUGAUUGCACGGAAAACAAAGGCAUUUAUGCCACACUUAGGCUGGAGAACAUCUACAAUAUCAGUAAACAUCUCAAUUUCCAAGAGCGUAUGGGAAGCAUAAACAGUAGUUUUGAAAAUACAGUCAUCAGAAUUGAGAACGUAGUUCUGCUGGAUGAGGCGGGAAGAAAAAACCUUAUGGAUUUCAGCUCUUCGGGAGUAGACAGAAUAGACUACAACAACUUCAUGAAUGCGACCAGUAAACAUCCCACAAAAGUGAAUCUUUUAUCCUUUGCUGCUGAUCUAGAUAUAAAAGCCAAUCAUUUGCCCCAAGGAGAUUUGAAACAGUCCCUGAAAAGAAAUGCACAAACCUUGAGAACGAUUCACCGCAUCAGAAUCAUUCCUUUGGAAAAAUCAAUGAGCACUGUGUACCAAACCAUGAGGGGACUUCAGUACAAAAACAGUGGACUGGGGGUAAAAGUGGCCAAUGUCAUUUUCUUUUUGAAUACUGCUCAGGACUUCCUCAAAAACCACAUCUCCAUGAUCACUGCCGAAGAAAGUAAGAAGUUUGCGGCUAUGAUACUGGGAUACUUUGAGCACUAUCUGCAGUGGGUCAGGAUCGCCAUCACCGAGCAGGUUGCAGCCUGCAAACCAGUGGCCACUGCUUUAGAUUCUGCCAUUGACAUCUUUCUGUGCGGCUACGUUGUUGACCCCAUGAAUUUGUUUUGGUUUGGCCUAGGAAAAGCUACCGUAUUUUUACUUCCGGCUAUAAUUUUUGCUGUGAAGCUGGCCAAGUAUUACCGUCGGAUGGAUUCUGAAGACGUGUAUGAUGAUGAUCUUGAAACUAUUCCCAUGGAAAAUAUGAAAAACGGUAAUAUUGGUUUUCGUAGACAUCGAACCGCUCAGACACAUUGAACAAAGUUUUUAAACAGAGCCAACUGCACAAGUUCUUGAACUGCAGCGCCUGCAAAUAUUGGAAAAGAAACCUUCCCUUCAGGAGUUCACAGAGUUCAGUGGGAUUAUAUGGAAUGUAUACUGAUGGGAAAGCACGCAUGCUUAUGUUUUAUUUUUAGUAGUUUUGUUUUAAUCAUUUGAGCCUCCUUUGAACAUUUAAAUAUGCAACACAUUCGUUAAUUACCCGUUUAGCCUUGGAAACUAGAUGUGAAUUUUGGCCCAUUUCACUGCAUGGGAACUUAGACUCCUAGUUAGAGAAAGUCCAGCAGACCACAGAUACGUGUGUGCACAAUAAAAGAAUGAUUUCAGAACUAUGACUCUAAUCUUUUUAUUGCAAAAUGGGCCUAAACUACAGGUGUCAAUUAAGUCUCUGUAUUAUUUCCUUAGGGUGGCUGUAACACAUCACACAAACUGGGUGGCUUAAAGCAGCAGAAAUGUGUCCUCGCGGUUCCGGAGACCGGAAGUCUGAAAUGAACGCGGCAGCAGAAAUCAGCCUCCUCCCUGCGGGUCUGCGGGAGAGUCUGUCUGUUCCAUGCCUCUCUCCCAGAUUCUGAUGAUUGCUGGCAAUCCUUGAUGUUCCUCGGCUUGUAGACAUAUCACUGCAGUCUGUCUCUGUCUUCACAUGGAGUUUUCCUUUGUGUAUCUGCGUCCAAAUUUCCCUCAUCUCCCAGGGACACCAGUCUUUGGAUCAGGGCCCAUCCUAAUCAAGAAUGACCUCAUCUUAAUUUCAUCACAUCUGCAAACAACCUGUUUCCGAACAUUCACAGGUUCUAGGUGGACAUAAUUUGGGGCAUGGGUGGAUAUUCAGCCCAGCACAGUCACACAACAAUAGCAAAUAGCCAAAGAGAUAGAGACGUGGACACGAAAGAGCAACACUGUACACACAGAAAUAAAGUAAGUUACCAGAAUCAGAAAUGACAGGAAAUAAAAAAUUUUGAUAGACAUACACAAAA